GAGAGGGCACAGAGCCAGGGGCCCUGGCUAGACACAGGCCCAGGUCUGCCGCUGGCCGGCUGCAGCUGUGGCGCCUGGCAUCGUCUCAACAUGGCCCUGGAGCUCUACAUGGACCUGCUGUCAGCACCCUGCAGGGCCGUCUACAUCUUUUCAAAGAAGCAUGACAUCUCGUUCACCUUUCAGUUUGUGGAUCUGCUGAAAGGUCACCACCACAGUAAAGAAUACAUUGACAUCAACCCCCUCAGGAAGCUGCCCAGCCUCAAAGACGGGAAAUUUGUCUUAACUGAAAGCGUGGCCAUCCUCUACUACCUGUGUCGCAAGUACAGCGCACCAUUACACUGGUACCCACCAGACCUGUACACACGUGCCCGUGUGGAGGAGUUCAUGGCUUGGCAACACACGGCCUUUCAGCUGCCCAUGAAGAGGAUAGUCUGGCUAAAGUUGCUGAUCCCAAAGAUAACAGGGGAGGAAGUUUCAGCUGAGAAGAUCGAUCACGCAGUGGCGGAGGUGAAGAACAGCCUGCAGCUCUUUGAGGAGUAUUUUCUACAGGACAAGAUGUUCAUCGCUGGGGACCAAAUCUCACUGGCUGACUUGGUGGCCGUGGUGGAGAUGAUGCAGCCCAUGGCAGCCAAAUAUAAUGCCUUCCUCAACAGCUCUAAGCUAGCUGAGUGGCUCAUGCGGGUGGAACUGAGUAUCGGCUCUGGCCUCUUUCGGGAGGCCCACAAUCGACUAAUGCAGUUGGCUGACUGGGACGUUUCUACAUUGGAUCCAGCGGUCAAGGAGAAUAUUUCUGAGUUGCUGAAGAAGAGCAAGUAACCCUAGACUCAGCCCAUCCUGCAGGGCCUGGCUGGCUCAGCUCUCUGAGCCACGUUCCUUAAAGGAAAUGUUAAAAAAAAGAAAAAAAAAACUGUUCCUUGCCUAAUAAAGAACUGGAACAACCAUCA